GCGCUGCGGUACGACGUCGAGGCGUUCGAGGCGUGGUUCGCGAGACGGCCGCUGCGGGUGCUGGCGAGGGCGAUGGUGGUGGGGUACGAGCUGGGGGCGAUCGGGCUGGGCGUCGCGGCGCGCGCGGGGGAGCGGAGAAGGCGCGCGCGAGCGUUCACGGAGACGCUCACGAGGCUCGGGCCGGCGUACAUAAAAUUGGGACAGGUGAUGUCGACGCGCGCGGACGUGUUUCCGGUGGAGUACGUGGAGGAGCUGGCGAAAUUGCAGGACGCGCUGCCGCCGUCGGAUUUGGCGACGAGUCUGGAGACGCUCGAGCGCGAGCUCGGGAUUUCGAUUGAUUUCUUCGAGAAGUUUGAGCCAACGCCCGUGGCGGCGGCGUCGCUCGCGCAAGUGUACCGCGCGACGCUUCCGGGGGGGCACGAGGUGGCGAUUAAGCUUCAACGUCCGGGAUUGGCCGAGCUCGUGGCGUUGGACGCGGUGAUUUUGCGGCGCUUUGUGGGCGUCGUCGGCAAGUGGAGGAACUUUAAGAGCGAUGUUGUGGGCAUCGUGGACGAGCUCGUGGGGAGAAUAUUCGAGGAAAUGGAUUAUAGCAAGGAGGCGGAGAGUUGCGAGCGGUUUCGAGAGAUGUAUGCCGCGAAUGGCGACGCCGGGGUCGGACUCGCGGGUUUGGUGUACGCGCCUCGCGUCGUCGACUUUCUGAGCACGCCCACGGUGCUGACCAUGGAGUGGGUGCAAGGCUUGCGUUUGACGGACGUGUCGCUGAUGCAAUCGCGAGGGAUCACCCCGAAAGAAGUCCUCGAUCGAGGCUUGCGCGCGUCUCUCCAUCAGUUACUGAGUUCUGGAUUCAUGCACACCGACCCGCAUCCGGGUAACCUGUUAGUCGCCGAAAACGGCGGUUUGACGUAUCUCGAUUUCGGCAUGACGGUGGAGGUCCCGAUCGAGACCAGACGAGCGAUGGUUCGCGGAUUGAUCGGGUUCGUCAAUCGCGACGCGCGGGGAUUGGUAGAUGACUUGAAAGUCAUGGAUUUUCUCCCCCCAAACGUCGACCGCGCGGCGGCGGAGGAGGCGCUGCGAUCCGUCUUCGCGGGCGAGAGCACGACCAAGGUUCGUAACAGCAACGAUUUCAUGGGCGUCGUCUCCCAGUUAUCCACGGCACUGAUGAAACAUGGAUUCAGACUGCCGCCGUACUUUUCGCGCAUUCUGCGUGCGCUCGCGGCAUUGGAAGGCACGGCGACGACCAUCGACCCGUCGUUUCGCGUCGUGGACAGGAGUUAUCCCUUCGUACUGUCUCGAGUUUUGAGCGAUCGAAGUCCCGAAAUGCGAGAAAGUCUGCGAAGAUUAUUGCUGUCGGAUGAUGGAUCCAUUCGUUACAAGCGCUUACUCGUGUCGGGCGAGCGCGCGACCGAAAAUGGCGAAGAAGAGGCUCGUCGAGCGACGAAAGUGGCGAUGGAGGACGCGCUCAAAUUUUUGUUGAGCGAACGAGGCGAGUCGACUCGUCAGAAACUCAUCGAUGAUUUCGUCGCCGCGCUCGAAACGCUC